AAAUUGAAGGAAGAAAGCUUCGACGUAGAAGCAACAAUGGCGGAGCUGGAGAGCCCAAGCGUGAUGCCGAAGCUCAUCGGAUUCCUCUCAUCUCUCCUCCAGCGCGCGGCGGAGACGAACGAUCUCAGCCGCGAAUUUCAGCCGCCGCAGAAAAUAUCAGUGUUCCAUGGAUUGUCGAGGCCGAACAUCUCAAUCCAGAGCUAUCUCGAGAGAAUAUUCAAGUACGCCAACUGCAGCCCUUCCUGCUACAUUGUGGCGUACGUGUACCUCGAUCGAUUCACGCAGACGCAGCCUUCUCUCCCCAUCAAUUCCUUCAACGUUCACCGAUUGCUCAUCACUAGCGUCAUGGUUUCUGCCAAAUUCAUGGAUGAUAUGUAUUACAACAAUGCAUACUAUGCAAAAGUGGGAGGAAUAAGCACAACAGAGAUGAACUUUCUAGAACUGGAUUUCCUAUUUGGGAUGGGGUUUCAUUUGAAUGUGACACCAUCAACUUUCCAAACAUACUGUUCAUAUCUGCAGAGGGAAAUGAUGAUUCACCCUCAUUUCAGUGUUUCUGAAGAGCCCUCUUUCUUGUAUUCUUCAAAACUUCUUCAUCUCUGUUUUAAUGAAGAUGAUUCUUCUUCUCAUCAGCAAACACACCAGCUUGCUGCUGUUUAAUUUGUUAGAUGAUCAUGUUCAAUGCCAAUGCAUUCUUCCUUUUUUCUACUGUAGUUAGGUUUAGUGGUAGGACUCUCUCUCUCUCUCUCUCUCUCUCUCUCUCUCUCUCUCUCUCUCUCUCUCUCUCUCUCUCUCUCUCUCUCUCUCUCUCUCUCUCUCUCUCUCUCUCUCUCUCUCUCUCUCUCUCUCUCUCUCUCUCUCUCUGUUGUCAUUUGUAAUGUUUUUCAGUGUAUGUUUUUUUUUUCUGGGGAAUAUUUGGGAAUGUACAGUUGGUUGUGUUUCUUGAUUGACAUUCUUGGCAAUGGGGGAGCUCAAUUGUUGUUUCUUGAUUGAAUAUUAUUCUUGUCACAUGUUAU